UUGUACCUUUGGUGUUAUAUCUCAAAGUCAUGGCCAAAUCAAGGUACCUCUGCACUAGCCAGGUUGGACAUAUGCAGAGAAAGACACCAGUAUAUCUGGAUCAUCAGUGGUACAAUGUGUUAUAGAGGUGGACGAGCUUGCAGACUGAAAUGGGGAUCGUCCAGAUUGUUCCCUUCCCUGGACCAUAUGGUUGUGCUUUAAGAAGACCACAGAGAAGAACACAUUUUCUUCUUGCCACAAAAGUUGCAAUAGAAAAUCUGAGACGGGUUGAAGGGCCAAUGAGUAUUCUCCUCAUUGAAGCAUUCUAUGGAGGGUCCCAUAAACAGCUGGUGGACCUGCUCCAAGAAGAAUUGGAAGACUGUGUCCUUUACACUCUUCCUGCAAAGAAGUGGCAUUGGAGAGCGCGGACAUCGGCUUUGUACUUCUCUCAGCAUAUCCCCGUCAGUGAGCAUUACAGGACCCUCUUUGCAAGCUCAGUGCUUAACCUGACUGAACUGGCUGCCCUUCGGCCUGACCUUGGGAAGCUGAAAAAGAUUCUCUACUUCCACGAGAACCAAUUGGUAUAUCCUGUCAAGAAAUGUCAGGAGAGGGAUUUCCAGUAUGGAUACAACCAAAUUCUCUCAUGCCUGGUGGCUGAUGUGGUGGUAUUCAACUCUCUUUUUAAUAUGGAGUCGUUUCUUACUUCUAUUGGGAAAUUUAUGAAGCUGAUUCCUGACCACAGACCCAAGGAUCUGGAAAGCAUCAUCAGACCCAAGUGCCAAGUUAUUUACUAUCCCAUCAGGUUUCCUGAUGUGAGCAGAUUCGUGCCCAAGCAUAAAGCAGCCCACUUACAGAAGAUGCUCAACCUUAAAGGAAACAGCGGUGCCGCUCCAUCCACGGCCCUUCCUUCCCGGCAGGAGCUGGGAAGUUGCGAGAACGUGUUGGAUCAUGUUGAGCCAGAGUCUGGACCUUGUGAUGUGGCACAACAAGAGAGCCUGGGGAGCUCAUUGACGCAGGAGCCAUACUUGAAAACGUGUGACUCGUCAGAUAAUUCCAGCUCUUGUCAUGGGGAAAAUCAACAAAAUCCGUAUGACAUUUCGAGUGGGGUUGAUGAUCAACAAAGACCAUUGCACAUUGUCUGGCCUCACAGGUGGGAGCACGAUAAAGAUCCUGAUAGUUUUUUUAAGGUAUUAAUGCACCUUAAGGACUUAGGACUCAAUUUCCACGUAUCCGUCCUUGGAGAAACCUUCACAGAUGUUCCAGAUAUCUUUUCAGAGUCCAAAAAGGCGUUGGGAUCUUCUGUCUUGCAGUGGGGCUACUUACCCAGCAAGGAUGACUAUUUCCACGUUCUGUGCACGGCUGAUGUUGUCAUCUCAACAGCUAAGCAUGAAUUCUUUGGAGUGGCAAUGUUGGAAGCUGUGUGUUGUGGUUGUUACCCACUUUGUCCCAAAGAUUUGGUUUAUCCCGAAAUAUUUCCAGCUGAAUAUCUGUAUUCUACACCUGAACAGCUUUCAAAAAGGCUCCAGAAUUUCUGCAAGAGACCUGAUAUUGUAAGGAAACAUCUCUAUAAGGGUGAGAUGACUCCUUUCUCCUGGGCAGCCCUGCGUGGCCAGUUCAGGUCCCUGCUCGCCACGGAACCGGGGGAAGGUUUGCGACAGAUGGGGCUCCCUCACAAACCUGCAGCCUAAGGCAGAGCCUGUAGAACUUUCCAGAGUGUGCCCAUAUUUACCUGAUCAGAGAGAAAAGAAAAUCUGCAGAGGAAGCCGAGCCUGGCUGCUUGUCAUAGCUGACACGGAGCCAUCUGCCACAAACCUGUGGCGGCUUCAGAUCUCCAGUCCCUGCCACCGCCCCGACUCAAAUUAAACACAGAUUCCCAGAGACGUUAUGAUGGUUACACAUGUCCUCGGCAUCGCAUGGAGGAGACUGUUCAAAAAAAAAUAUGUGGCCUGUUGUAUAACUGCGCUCAUGUACCCCAUAUGUGGUGCCACAUUGAAUUUCCGGUUGGAUCCGUUUGUAUCCUUUGUACUGGAUGACAUGGUGCCUGAAUUCUUUCUUUUCGCCGACACGAUGGCAGCCAAACGGCAGCUUCAAACGCUCGCACUUGGCUGGGUUUCUACCUGGGGUGCCAGGUUAUCAUCGGCGGUGUCCUCCGAGGGCCAGGGCUCUGGAAGGGGGAUCAGGAUGCCUGGGACUAACGGGCGGCCUGUCUCUCUUUCUCUCUCGGAGUUGUUUGUGGCAAAGGGCUGCGGUAGCACUUUUCUUUAGCAAAUGAAUGACUCCCUGGCACAGGGGUUUGUAAGUGAAGGUAUGCAUAAGGGCCUGGCAGGUAUUCCGUGAUCCAGAGUUACAGUUGAGCUUCAUUUAUCUGAAAGAAAGUUGCAAGAUAAACAGCUGUAAUCCAAACAAACAUGGGCAAUACUGGGAGUGGGCCAGCUUGCCCAUCAAAUGAAAGGUGAGGUACCUGUUUUAAUUUUUUUUUUCAUGGGCAAAAACAGAGAAAUCAAAAUACUUCGAACAAAACCAGUCAUUUUGAUAUAAAUAGUCCUUGAACAUAUUUGGAUUCAGCUACAAAUAUAAUAUUUUCAAGAUCAGUCACUUAUGAUUCCAAUACUCAGGUUGCCUGCAUUUGUUGAUGUAAAAGAUGUUUUGAACGGCGAGAUUGUAAAAUAAAUCUUUAAUAAAGUGCCCGCUGCCAUUUCUUAAUUA